AACAUACCGGUGCAUCGCUAUGGCGUUUCCGCCCUUGCUUGCAUAAACCUCCGUGCGCUCUUUUGCGGCCGCUGCCACAAUGAUUGGUAGUGGCCUAUCGCCGCUGUCGCUCAAGCAAGCAGGAGCAAGGUCCCAGCCAAAGGGACCUGGCGUCUCGGCUGCACACGAUUCGCGGCGCGUCGCCGCCCGUCUCUUUACCCCCGCCGCUGGCGAUGCCAGCGCGGCGCUUGCUGGAGAACGCAAGGAGCUGGCGCCCGGCGGCUCCAUCGGCUCGGGUCUCGACGCGAGCCAUGCCGUGCUGGGCUCGCCCGCCGCGGCCCGCUGCGCGCCGGUGCUGCCUCUGUUAUCGCCGUCGGCCGCUGUCGCCGCCUCGCCCCGGCGGGGUCCCGGCGGUGGUACGGGUGGCGCCGCGGCGGCCUCCUCAUUCGUGUCGGGCCUGGUGGCUGGGUUCAGCGCCGCACAGAGCAAGGCUUCGCCGGGCGUGCUGGCCGCGCUCGCGGCCGCCGUCGCCGUCAGCUCCGCUGCUGACGCCGCGAGCGCCGCCACGCUUUCCACAGCCUUCUCCUCCACCACCUCCGAAACCGCCGCCCACCACGCGGCUCCUGCCACAACCGCCGUGCCCAUCCUGGGUGACCUGGCCGGCCUCCCCGGCUUCGCGCCCGCCCCGCCUGUCGUGGACAACGAGGCGGAGGCGCGCAUGCGGCUGGAGGCGGCGCUCCGGGCCGCCGACGCCCUGGUCACCACCCGGCCCGACACCGACGCCGGGCGGCGCGCGGCACAUGAGGCGGCGGCGGUGAUCAAAGCCGCAAAGGAGGCCGAGCAGCGGCAAGCAGCUGCUAACAGUGUUGGCGGCGGCGGCGGUGGCGGUGGUGGUGGUGGCGGCGGCAUGGUUGUGGCAACCUGCGGUGCCGUGGCGGCAGCGGCGGUCGCGACGCUGGUCACCCGCGGCGGCGGCGGCAGCAAGACUGAGCCUGCCGCUAAGGCCGCACCGGCGGUGAGCAAGGAGGCGCCUGCAGUGGUGGCGGCUCCGGCAGCGGCGGUGGCUGUGGUAGCGCCACCGGCGGUGCCACCUGCUGCCGAGGCUCCUGCAGUGCCGGCGGCGCCGCCAUCCGCUGCUGAGGCCGUUGCAGUCCCGGUGGAUGAGCCGGCUGCUGAGGCUGUGGCACCAGCAGUGGUGGCGGCGCCGCCCCCCGCGGCUGAGCAUGUGGCAACGGCAGUCCCCGCGGCGGCACCUGCUGCUGAGGCUGUGGCGCCGGUGGUGCCGGCACCCCCCGAUGUCGCUGAGCCGGUCGCCGAGCCUGUGGCACCAGCAGCCCCAGCUGUUGCUGAGGCUGCCGCGCCAUUGGUGGCCGCGGUCGCUGCAGCCACCGCGGCUGCCGCGGUGGUUGAGGCGUUCACAGCACCUACGGCUGCAGCAGCGGCGCCGGUGACUGAGCCUAACCAGCCCGAGGCGGCGGCCGGGCCUGCUACCGAGCCUACACCUCUGGUGGCUGAGGCCGAGGCUGCGGUCGCCGUCGCACCUGUCGAGGUGUUGGCGGCGGCAGUGGAAGCAGCGGCGGCACAGACCGCGGCUGAGGGGGUGGUGGUCGAGGUGCCGGCGCCUGUGGCAGAGCCCGCAGCCGCGGCUGCUGCUGACGCGGACGCGGCGCUGUCCAACCCCACUGCCGAGCCCACCGAGGUUGCUGAGGCAGAGGAGGCGGCCGCCACGGCGGCGGCUGAGAACCUGGAGCCGGUGCCGGCCACCGCUGAGGCAGCAGCGGCCGCGGCCGCCGCUCCUGCUGUGCUGGCAGCCGCGGAGGCUGAGGCCGCGGCUCCUGCUGUGGUAGUGGCGGAGCUGGUCGAGGCGGCUGCUCCGGCGGCGGCAACGGAGGACGAGGCUGCCCCUGACGCCAAGCCUGUCGAGGCGACAGUCGAGGUGCUCGUGGCCGCUGACGCCACUCCUGCGGCCGCCGCUUCGGCUGCCGUAGCUGUAGGAGCCGUGGCUGUGCUUGGGGUGGCGGAGGCGGCUACAGAAGACGAGGUCGCUGCCCCCGCUGCGGCUGAGCCGGCGGUUGAGGCUGCUGCGGUCAAGGUGGCGCCGGUUGCGGCGGAGGUGGUGCCCGCUGCUGCCGCCGACGUGCCUACCGACGUGGAGGCGGCACCUCCAGUUGCAGUGGCCGAGGCGGUGGCGGUGGCUGAUGUCACGACCGUGGCGGUUGCUGUUGAGGCGGAGGCGGAGGCCCCCGAGGCGGCUGCGGCCACCAUGCUGGUUGUGUCUCAUCCGGCAGAUGCUCUGGCGACGGAGGACGAGGCCUUUGCCGCGCUUGCCGCCGCCGCGCCUACCAUGGCGGCGGCAGGGGUGCAGGUGCCCGCGGCCGCGGCCCCCGCCGUCACGACGGAGGCUGCGGUGCCAGUACCGGUACCGACAGAGGCGGCGCCAGCUGCAUCCGCUGUGGUGGCCGCGGCGGCUGCUGCUUCAGCCGUUGUUGUUGUGGACGAGGCGGCUACAGCCGCGGUGGCGCCUGGCGCGGAGGCAGAGGCGGCGCCCGCUGCUGAGGCGGACGCGGCGCUGGCCUUGCCUGCCGUGACUGAGGAGUCGGCGGCCGCGCCCACCAUCGUGACGGAGUCGGCACCGUCGGCGCCGGCUGUGGUGGCGGCCGCGGCUACGGCCGAGGAGAAGGUGGCGGCCCCCGCGGCUGCUGCUGACGCGGGCGCUGCGCUGUCCAGCCCCACCGCCGAGCCCACCGAGGUUGCUGAGGCAGAGGAGGCGGCCGCAACGGCGGCGGCUGAGAACCUGGAGCCGGUGGCGCCCGUUGCGGACGAGCAGGCUGCGACCGAGGCAGUGGCCGAGGAGGCGGCGGCGAAGGCUCCUGCGCUUGAGCCUGCAACCACGGCUGAGGCGGCGGAGGUUGCUGCUCUGUCCAACCCCACCGCCGAGACCACGGAGGCCGCUGAGAAGGAGGAGGAGGCCGCCACGGCGGCGGCUGAGAACCUGGAGCCGGUGGCGCCCGUUGCGACCGAGCAGACGAAGCCGGUUGCUCUGGAGCCGGUUGAGGCGGCCGCUGCGGUCGAGGCUGCACCUGUUGCGCCCACUGCUGACGUCGUUGACGGCGCCCCUGCCGCUGAUGCGGCGGCUGUGGCCCUGGUGGAGGGAGCGGCGGCAGAGCCCGUGCCGGAGGCUAUCGCUCCUGAGGCUGCUGCGCUUGAGCCCGCAACUACGGCUGAGGCCGCGGAGGGAGCUGUUCUGUCCAAUCCCACUGCCGAGACCACGGAGGUAGCUGAGAAGGAGGAGGAGGCCGCCACGGCGGCGGCUGACAACCUGGAGCCGGUGGCGCCCGUUGCGGCCGAGCAGGCGAAGCUGGUUGCUCUGAAGCCGGUUGAGGCGGCCGCUGAGGUCGAGGCUGCACCUGUUGCGCCCACUGCUGACGUCGUUGACGGCGCCCCUGCCGCUGAUGCGGCGGCUGUGGCCCAGGUGGAGGAAGCAGCGGCGAAACCCGUGCCGGAGGCUAUCGCUCCUGAGGCUGCUGCGCUUGAGCCCGCAACCACGGCUGAAGCGGCGGAGGUAGCGGCUCUGUCCAACCCCACCGCCGAGACCACGGAGGCCGCGGAGAAGGAGGAGGAGGCCGCCACGGCGGCGGCUGACAACCUGGAGCCUGUGCCGGCCGCCGCAGAGGCCGCAGCGGCUGCUGCUGAGGCCGAGGCCACAUCAGAGGCCGAGACUGCUGCUCCUGUUGUGGCGGCCGCCGCGGAGGCCGAGGCGGCGGACCCAGUGCCGGCGGAGCCAGUCGAGGCGGUUGCCGUUGCCGAGGCCGGCGCACAGGCAGAGGAGGUCGCUGCCGCUGAGACAGUGGCUGACGGGGUUGCUGUGGCGGUCCAUGCGGUUGCUGCUGCCGACGCCUCUCCAACGGACGCAGCCAACCCCACCGCCGAGCCCACCGAGGUUGCUGAGGCGGAGGAGGCGGCCGCCACGGCGGCGGCUGAGAACCUGGAGCCGGUUUCACUCCCCGCCGAGGCCGCGGCCGCGGCUGCCGUCGUCGCCACAGUCGCUGCCAUUGAGCCCAAGCCUGUGACUGACCCCGAGGCUGAGCUCGCUGUCCAGGCUGAGGCCAAGGCUGAGGAGGCGCAGGCCGCGCCUCAGCCUGCAGCUGCCGAGGACCCAUUGACGAUCAGCCUGGCUUCCAUCGUGGCCGACGCCGCAGCCCUCGCCGCCAUCCGCGUCAGCGGCGCCGUCGCCGACGCCGCCACGCGCGCCGCCGCCAGGGCGGCAUCUGCGGUCGCUGACGCCGCAGUGGAGGCCGCGACCCGCAUCUCCAACUCCGCCUCGUCCUCACCUCGUGGCUCGGACGGUGGCUCUGCGGGCGCCGAGCUGUCCGCCCCAGGGCCGUCGCCGUCCGCAGCCUUUGACAAGGUGAUUGCGGGCGCCGCCGCCAGCACCGCAGCCGGCAUUGCUGACACCGCCGCGGCUGCCGUGACCUCGGCGGUGCAGGAGGCGGCCGAGGAGGCGGCGGCGGAGCAGGCGGCAAACGUCGCGGAAGCCGUCGCCGCAGCGGUGGCGUCGGGCGGCCCCGGCGUGGCUGGGGUAACUGCGGUGGCGGCUGCCGCUGCUGACCUGGCCGCCGCAGCCGAGGCUGCCGCGGCUGAAGAGGACGAGGAGCCAGAGGAGGUGGCGGCCCCCGCGGCUGCUGCUGACGCGGACGCUGCGCUGUCCAACCCCACCGCCGAGCCCACCGAGGUUGCUGAGGCGGAGGAGGAGGCCGCCACGGCGGCGGCUGAGAACCUGGAGCCCGUGGCGCCCAUUGCGGCCGAGCAGGCCGCGACCGAGGCAGUGGCCGAGGAGGCGGCGGCGAAGGUGGCUGAGGCGGACGUGGCUGCUCAGGAUCCCGCUGUGGAGGUGGUGGCUGUGGCCGGCGAAGGGGAGGAAGCAGGCGCACGGGCCGCCGGGCCGGAGCCUGUGGCUGAGGAGGCGCAAGCGGCCGCCGCAGUCCUGGCGUCUUCCACAUCGAACGAUGGGGAGGAUGGUGCCGCCGCCGCCGCCCUGUCGACGGCUGCGGCUGCGGCUGGCAGCCUGGGCGUUAAGGCGUCGACUGAGAUGGCGGAGGCCCCUAACGCCACCAGAAGCCUCAGCGCCAGCCCCGCAACCAGCAGUAGCGGCAGUGACGCCGAUGAUGAGGCGGACAUGGGCGUAGCGACGGCGGCGGCCCCGCGUGCUGCCAUGGUGGGGGAGGCGGCGCAGGUGGCGGCGACUGGCGUUAACAUGUUUGCUUCCAGCUCCAGCUCCAGCUCUGGCUCGGACGGCGAGGCGGCGCCGCCCGCGGUGCCCACGGCCGCGGCCGAGGUUGUGGAGGGCACGGUGGUGGAGGCGGCGCAGGGCAGUGACCAGCAGCGGUUGCUAGGGGAAGACGCCGCCGUCGUGCUUGCGUCCGUUGACGAGCCGCCGGCACUGGACGAGCCCUUGCACGUGCCUGGCAAUGUCCUAGUACCAGUUGUGUUGGACAACGAGGACGAGGAGGGUGAAGCUGCCGCCGCUGCGCUGCCGGCGGCCGCCGCGGGCGGGUUGGGCACGACCGCGGCCGGUGAGGCGGCGGUGGCGGCGGCAGCCACGGCUGCCCAGAGCCUGCCCCCCAGCGUCACCGCCAGUGCGAAUGCCAGUGACGCCGAAGAGGCAAACCUGAGCGCGAUCACGGCGGUAGGUGCGCAGGCGGCGAUGCUGUCCUCCGGCUCUCCUGGCGCUGAUGCAGAGGUGCCGCCGCCUGUCGACCCCACGGCCGCGGCAGUUGCGCCCACCGCCGCCGCCACCGCCGCCGCCACCGCCGCCGACGGCGAUGGCAAUGGCAAUGGCGGCGGUGACGGCGGGCUGCUGCUGCCGCAGGUCGGCGCCGCCACCGCGCCGGCGUCAUCGCCUUUGGCGGCAGCGGUUGCUGCCGCCGCCGCCGACAGCAGCACCACCGCCAACCUGGUCCUCAACCUGCCGCCCGUGCCCGCGCCGGCGCCCGCCGCCGUGCCGGUGGCGGCUGGCACCCCCACGCCGGAGCCCGACGGCGCGCUCGUAACGGCCAUGGCGGGCGCCGUCGCUGCCACCGCCGCCGCGCCAGCGGCGGCGGCGGUUGCCGAGGUCGUCGCCGCAACCCCGCGUGUUGCCGCCGCGCCAGCGGCGGCGGCGGCGCUGCAGGCGGAGGUGGACCUGUCGUCGCUGCCGACGCCGCUGGCGGAGGUGUUGGAGGCACUGGCGGGGCCGUUGGGCAUGAGCCCCGGCACCAAGGACCAGGUGCUGGAUCGCAUCCGCGUCAUCAACCAGAUCCUGGAGAAGGAGCAGAAGCGCACCGACAUGGAGUCGUCACUGGUCGCCGGGCCAGUGACCGAGCUCACAGACACGCCCGCCGCCGCCGCCGCCGGCGCGACCACAGGGGCCGCUAUUCCCACUGCGGAGGAGGUCGAUGGUGCCGGUGGCGCUAGCAGUGACGAGGAGGCGGGAGCUGCGGCCUCCGUGCCGCCGUCGCUCAUCAACACGCUCGAACGGACGUUCAACACGGCUGCCUCGGCUAGCAUGCUGCUGUCAGGCCCGGCUCCGCCUCUGCUCGCCCUCCCGCUGGCGCCGCCGCCGCCCGCACAGCUGCCGCCUGGCCCGCCGCCGCCGCUGGCACUGCCACUGGCGCCGCCGCCGCCGGCACAGCUGUGCGCCGCGCCCGGGCCAGUCGCUGCCCUGGGCGCGCCGCUGCAGCCCUUCGCCGAGCUGCCCGAGCCCAGCGCGGCUGUGGCGGCGCCGCAGCUACAGCCGGAGGCAGCGGCUGCUACGGUUUGCGACGUGGCGGAGUGGCCGGAGCAGGAGGGGGCUCUGGAGCUACAGCGGGAGGAGGAGGCGGUGCGCGCCGCCGCUACUGCCGCUGCUACUGCCGCUACAACCACUGCCUUCACCAUAGUCUCGCAUCCCAUCGCCGCCGAGGAUUCCCAGGCCGCCGCGGAUGCGCCGGACACACAGGCCGCUACUGCCGUGACGGACACCGCUACAGCCGAUCCGGAGGCUGCUACUGCCGCUGCUACUGCAGACCCGCUGGCCUCGCCGGAGGGUGCCAAGGCGGCGCUCCUGGACGCUGUGUAUGCCACGGCGCGCGGCGUGAACGCCACCCCGCAGCAGCGCGCCGCCAUUGACGAGCUGGUGGCGGCGCUGGAGGCCCAGAACCCCAACACCGCCCCCACCGACGCCGUGUCGGCUCUGGCGGGUCGCUGGAAGCUUGUGUACACAAGCAACGUGGGCACGGUGAUGCUGCUGGGGGCGCUGGAUAACCUGCCGCUGGUGGACGUGGGCGACGUGUGCCAGACCAUCGACCCCGUCACCCUCACCGCCACCAACAAGGUGGACCUGGCGGUCCCCAUGAUGCUGUCGCUGAGGGCCGAGUCGGGACUGGAGGUGCGCUCGCCGAGGCAGUUCAAGGUCCGGCUGACCAAGGUGGGGCUGGAUACAUUCAUCUCCACUCCACAGCUGCUGGCGGCGCUCGAGAUCCCCGAGUCGGUGACGGUGCUGGGCGCCACUCUGGACCUGGGCCCGCUGCGGCGCCUGGUGGAGCCCAUCAACAACGGGCUGGAGGCCGCGCAGGACCUUAUGAACCGCGUGACGGCGCCGGAGCUGCCGCUGGGCCCGUCCAUGUCCUCGCCCGCCAGCCUGUGGAUGCUGACCACCUACCUGGAUGACAACCUGCGCAUCAGCCGCGACGACGAGGGCCGCGUGUUCGUCAUGCUCAAGGACGUCGCCAUGUCACAGGACCCCGCGGAGGCCUCCCAAUAAUAUCAGUAAUUGGAGCAGUGGGGCAGUCGGCUUGGCCGUAGCAGUGGCAGCAGCUGAGCUGCGGAGGGAGACAAGGAGAGAGUUGCAAGUGUAAGAGAUUUACAGGACUGAAUGAGAGAGCCAGCUGCAUGGCUGCAGCGUGAACCUAAUUUGACUUGUACAUUGACGUCCGCGAAGGCAAAACAUUAUGCGCGGUGAUGUGGUAAUAUGGAUUCAUGCUUAACAAUUGUCCCCGUGCUUGAGAGCGUGCGGGCGCGCAGCACAUCUCAACUGGAGUACGGUGAAGGAGCGCUAAAUUCCAGCUCAGUUUGCGGCGGUAGAAUUCUUCGAUCUGGAAGCAAUGCCGGUGAAUUACAUGUUCAGAGACAUCAACAUGGUGUUGCAGACAAACUGACCUUAAUGAAUUGUGCGGCGCGGUAGGUGGUGUGUGGCGUGACGUGGCGGGGAUGCACAAUGACAAGCCGUUGCAAAUGGAACGUAUGGCGCGGCGGAAAGAAUAGGAGUUGACGGAUGGCCCGUCAAGCGUGUGUAUGUGUGCGGCAGGCGGGCUAGCAGCGAGCCCCAAAUUGCCUCCAUCCCCAAGGCAAAUAAUGCAGGACCCAUGGCAGGACCUUGAAAGAACCGUAGCUCUUCACUAUGCUUCGCGGAUUGAUUGCGACGCGUUGCCAUUCUUGUACAUCGACACAUGGUUAGGCUGGAGGGGAACUGGAGGAGCGGAUGUGGUGGGGCGGCAGGAGCCGUGUACGGCGGAUGUGUGUCUCUUGCUUGGCACAGGACACAUGCGCGUUCGCGCGGGCGCGGACUUGGCGCUUGGAACGAGCGAGCUGUGGGGACGGGGACAGGGAAGGCCGGAAGGGCGGGGACGCCGCGCUGGUCGUACGUUAGGUGAUGAUGAUGUGUUACAUACAGGGUUGGAAGUGUGCGUUCCUGAACCUGUAACGAGACUAACCGAGCCGCAAGGGCUCCUCGUCUCUCCUGUUAGCAUUGUUGUGAGCUUCAUGCACACACAAGGCAGAAUCUCUCAACCUCAGAAGCUUGUUACGUCUAGCCCAGAUAUCGCUAAGACAGCAUGCUAGCAUGUUUUGAUCCGAAUCAUUCAUGAUCUGUUGCAUAUUGCCACGUGGGAGUCCGUAACUUUCUCUUAUGUCAGCGUAAGCCUCACACUCAAGGAGUACGUGCCGUUCAUCCUCAACGCCAUGAUUGCAGCAGUAACAGCGCCUCUCACUUCUCGGCAAAUGCUGGUUCCUAUUUGCAGAUAGAGGCCAGCAACACAUGCGGAAUCUCAUCAAGCCUCUGUGAGCCUCAUACGGAAUAAUACACUGCGCGUGGGGUGGUAGAUGACGGUACUGACUCCCUCUUUCCGUUUUGCAAAUGCCGUCUUCUGGCGCGAAAGCGCAGAUGCUGCAGCGGCCUGCCUACCUACUGCCGUGCCGCCAUCGCAAUCACCCGCAGGAGCGCCUGCUACUGCCACCUACUGCUACUGCCACCUGUUGCGUCCGCACCUGUUUGCUAACACUAGUUCCAUGGCAGAAAUCAAAACGCAAAGCAUAGUGUCUUGAAUCUCACUGUGACACGGGCUCCUCUAAGAGUGCCACCGUGCCUCUCCCAUCACACGACCGGCUGCUGCCAACAGCGCCUCAUCCGUACAGCGUACAGCGCCCUUGCCGUGCAGCGCCCCAUUGAGCCACCCACUGAGCCUCCAAAACCAGCACCGCAUCGCCGCUGCCACCACUGCCCAUCCCUCAGUCGCUGUCGCACAGGUCCGUGCAUGUGCACACGUCCGUACGCGUGUUAAAGAGCACAAGGAAAACAUUACGCGUCCGUACGCGUGUUAAAGAGCACAAGGAAAACAUUACGCGUCCGUACGCGUGUUAAAGAGCACAAGGAAAACAUUACGCGUCCGUACGCGUGUUAAAGAGCACAAGGAAAACAUUACGCGUCCGUACGCGUGUGUGCUGGCGGCGGCGGCCCCGCCCGUACAUGGAUGGCACCCACCCAUCCAGACAUGGGCUCAUCAGUGAUUCAGUGGAUGGGUGACUCUUCCCCUGCCGCCGCCGCCACCGCCACCUACCAUCCUACCCAGCUGUUCAUCAAGCCACCUUCCUCCUGCACGCCAGCAGCCACGGCGCUAAAGACGCGCGACGCCAAGAGCCGCAGCGCCCACUGCGCCAUCAGUACCAGCGCCAGGUGUAGUAGCAGGUACGGCCACGAGCGCUCCCGCCUGGCCGCCGCCUCCAUAGCCGCCCGCGUGCUCUCCGCCAGCACGAGCCGCCGCUGCUCCGCCUCCUCCUGGGCCGCCGCCGCCGCCGUACUCUGGUCCGCGGCGGCGGAGCACGCCGCCGCCGCCGCGUGCGCGGCAGCGGCCCGCGAGCGCAGCGGCCCCGCGGUAGCCCCCAGCCGCAGCUGCGCAGCUGCCAGGCGGAGAGAAGCAGCCGCGCUGUUGUAGUAUGUGGCCGAGUAGAUGUUAUAUGCGGCUAGCAGCUCGUUGAGUCGGUUCAUCUUGCGCCAGACAUGGGCGCCAGGCAACUGCUCCGAUCGCCAAACCAACAUCAGCACGCGGUGCACCCACAGGGUCUUGAGCUCCCACACUGCGAGCUCGGCUUCCUGCUUCGCGGCUUCCGCGACUUUCGCUGCAGCUUCCUGCUGCGCUUUUGAGGCCUGCUGCAGCUGAGGUGUGACGUGCGCCUGCAGAAACUCCGCAGCGAGCAUAGCUGACACCGACUGCUGCAUUGGCGGGAAGGCUGCUUGGCUGCGGUCGAGGCGGCGCGACGCCAUCAGGGGCGGCCCAACGCAGCCGCCCAUGGACAAACCUGUGCUGCGUGCAGUGCUGAGCAGCUGCUAAAUAAAGCGAUGCGCGCGAGUCAGGCAAGGUUCGGGUAGGCCGUGGCCAGCUCAGCCAGCAGUGAAUGAUGCGAGGGUCAAAGCUAUCGCAUCAUUGGAUCACUUCAGUGCACAGCUGUCCAUUCUAGUUCA